AUGGCCGACGUGUCCCAGAGAACGCAGCAGGCCGUCGACACGGCCAUGGCCGGUGCCGCCGAGAUGAGCCGUUACGGCCGCCGCCUCCUCAACAUGCUCUGGGACCCGGAGCCUACCAACGACCGCUCUCUUAACAGGCCCGUAUGGUGUCUGGGCUGCUCGUACACCAACGAACCUACUACCGUGGACCGUCCCGACCAGGACGCUUCAUCUACUGUCCGUGCAACCCUGCCGACCACCCCCUCCACCACAACCCUACCGUACCCUUUGAAAGCCGUCCCUACUACUCCUCCCGAGUCCUCAUCAAGCAGCUUCUCGUCGUCCUUGGCAUAUGACGAGCUUUUAGAGGAUGCUGGCUGGCCCAUAGCUUUCCUUGAUGAUUUUGAAUCCCGCGUCUGGAUGACCUACCGUUCCGAAUUCGAGCCUAUUUCCAAGUCCAAUGAUCCGCGAGCGUCUGCCGCUCUCUCGUUUGCGAUGCGCCUCAGGACCCUUGCCGACCAAGGAGGUUUCUCCUCCGACACUGGCUGGGGGUGCAUGAUACGGUCUGGUCAGAGUCUCUUGGCCAACACUCUUGUAAUAUGCCAGCUGGGUCGUGACUGGCGCCGAGGCAAGGCCGCUCGACAAGAACGUGAGAUUCUUGCCCGUUUCGCAGACGAUCCUCGAGCUCCCUAUUCCUUGCACAAUUUUGUGAGGCACGGCGCGGUGGCUUGCGGGAAGUUUCCAGGAGAGUGGUUUGGUCCUUCGGCGACAGCUCGGUGUAUACAAGCUCUAGCCAAUUCGAACGAGUCAUCACUGCGUGUCUAUUCGACCGGAGAUCUUCCUGAUGUGUACGAAGACAGCUUCAUGGCCGUCGCUAAACCGGACGGCGAGACAUUCCAUCCAACACUGAUACUUGUGGGCACACGACUGGGCAUUGAUAAGAUUAAUCAGGUCUAUUGGGAGGCUCUGACUGCUACCUUGCAGAUGCCACAGUCUGUGGGAAUAGCUGGUGGCCGCCCGUCAGCCUCACAUUAUUUCAUCGGCGCGCAACGUUCCGGCGAUGCCUACGAGCCUGGGUCCUACCUCUUUUACCUCGACCCACACUGCACACGGCCGGCGCUACCGUUCCAUGAGGACGUUGAUCAGUACACGAGUGAUGACAUCAACACGUGCCACACGCGACGGCUGCGCCGACUACACGUGCGUGACAUGGACCCCAGCAUGUUGAUCGGGUUUCUCAUAAAAGACGAGGAUGACUGGGACAUGUGGAAGGACUCUGUCAAAUAUGUGCAAGGCAAGACCAUCAUCAACGUCGCCGACCAUGAUCCGGCACGCGGCAUGCCCGCCGAGAGGGAAGCGGCUAUUGAUGAGGUUGAGACGCUGAGCGAUGAUGAAGAUACGGUGCUGGACGAUUGAGAUGCUGGAAUUCUGGCCCUUCGAUUUGUUGGGAUGUCAUGUUCUGGUGGCGCACAUCAAUGCAUAGGCGUUUGGUAAAGUUUUGUGUAAGUCAAUCUGGGUCUUGAGGCGUGGUGAGGCGAGGCGUUCCUGGCGGCAAAGGUGGUGCAAAUAGCUUGAGUACAAUACUGCUAGCAGAGACGCAGCCUUACUUGUCCGGUGGGCACUGCGAGGGAUGACGGUGGUUAUCUCACAUUGAGAGUGGCACCCUCCGCUCUUGAAGAUGUCGUUGACGAUGGCUGUCUGUAAAGGCCGCCGGUACCAAGUAAUUGGAAAUCAUCUCUUG